CAAACCAACUGGUAAGUUUUUAAGUCUCAAAAGGGAAAGGGAGCUACAAUGGCAACCACUAGAAUAUUGCGCACGUUUAAGCCUAUGACUAUUCAUUCCUCCUCUGCUUCUUCUUCUUCACCACCAACAACUGUUAGGUAUCUGAGCAAGGAUGCCGGGUUGAUGAGUGGAGAGAAAAAACUUGGUACUGCGAAUGAGAGAAAACAAAUGGCGGUUGUUAAGGCUUCAGUGGCCGGUUCCCAGACACUUACCACAUCGAAGCCACAAGUGAAUCGAGGAGUUAUAGAUUUGGCUUCCUUGGUUACAAAGACCAAUCGUUCUUUGCUCAUUCUACUAAGAACGGCUCUCAAGAGAAAAUCUAUACAGCAGCAGGUCCAGAUGUUCAUUGAAAGGGGCAUAAUUGACUGUCGGUUCUUUACAUUACUUGCUGUUGCAGGAUCUUUACUUGGUUCAGUACUGUGCUUUGUCGAGGGUUGUUUUAUUGUUCUAGAGUCAUAUUUCCAGUAUUUUCAUGCCUUGUCUCAGAAGACAGAUCAAGGACAUAUGGUGCACCUACUUAUUGAAGCAAUAGACAUGUUCCUAGUAGGAACAGCCAUGCUUAUAUUCGGAGUUGGGUUGUAUGCCAUGUUCAUGGGGUCAAAGGCUGCGAAAGAUAGAGGACCGCGGUUCAGUGAGUCAAACUUGUUUGGGCUGUUCUACAUGAAGGCAGCUCCAGCAUGGGUUGACAUGAAAUCAGUUUCGCAAGCAAAAUCUAAAAUUGGGCAUGCAGUGGUGAUGAUACUUCAAGUGGGACUGUUGGAGAAGUUCAAAAGUAUACCUCUUGUCACACCACUCGAUCUUGCUUGCUUUGCCGGAGCUGUGCUCGUCUCCUCAGCUUGUAUCUUCCUUCUUUCCAGACUUGAUUAUUCUGCUACCACUGCUGGCUGAUCAAUGAUCAUUUCGACAAGAGUUGCACACCUCACAAUCAAGUUCAAAAGCAGAGCUACCCAUAUCGAUUUAUUUAUUAAUAACCCAUUCUUUUUGAAGUACUGAUACUGAUAUACACAUCUACUACUGAUACUGAUACAGGAGUCAUAAUAAACCCAAAAGGGAAGAGGAUUAUCUCGAAACCCUAUAUAGAACAUAGAUGUUCCUUCCAAUUCUUUAUUAGGUUAUUGGAGUUGUAAUCCAAUUGUUUGAGUUCUUAAUAAAAGCUUAUGUAUAGUACGCAGACAGAA